GAAUUACGGAAAUGGUGUAUGGUCAGCAGACCAUAAAGAUGCAUCUAUUCCUGCUUCUCCUCUUCUGCCUGGUAACCUGUUCUGGAAAACACCAAGAUGAUGAAUGGAUUGAUCCCACAGACAUGCUGAAUUAUGAUGCAGCUGCUGGCAGAAUGAAGCAGCAGAAAAGGACUCAUAAAAUAGAGACUGAGCAAAGCAAGAAGAGGGAAACUCCUCAGAGCACCUGUAGCCCUGUGUUCAAACGAUUUUUGCACAGGAUUCUAAAUGAGGCUAAACUUCUUGGACUACCAGAUGAAUCCCAGCCUGAAGUCCAUUAUAAUGCAGAGCUGGUGCUUACAAAGCAGAUGGUUGCAGAGUUCUUUCGAUUUCUUGAAGGUACUGACUGUAAUCCUGGUCCUCUUGAUGAAGCUUUGGGCGGGACCUUGGUCAGAUUCAGGCAUCACAAUGAAGAAGAAUGGCGCUGGAAAUUUGAGGAGUACAUAGGAACUGAUCCCUUCAGUGUUUUCAUGAUUGCCUUAAGUCUACUUUGCAUUGUGAUGGUGGUAGCCACAGAGCUAUGGACUCGUGUCAGCUGGUUUACACAGAUAAAAAGACUGCUCGCUCUGUGUUUUUUGGUUAGCCUUGUCUGGAACUGGAUGUAUUUGUACAAGGAUGCUUUUGCUGAAAGACAGGCGAAAUUAGCAAAAAUAGGAAAUGAUAAUGCCUGUGGCAAGAAGGUGACUUGGUCAGACAGUUUGUUUGAGUGGUGGAGAAGUUCAACAUCUUUUCAGAAUGAUCCAUGUGAGGAGUAUUUUAAAGCUUUAAUGGUAAACCCAAUACUUCUGGUCCCACCAACCAAAGCUUUUGCUGUCACUUUUACAAACUUCAUAACAGAACCCUUAAAGCAUAUUGGGAAAGGCAUCGGAGAGUUCUUUCAUGCCUUGUUAGCAGAGAUGCCCUUGAUCUAUCAGCCAUUAGUGCUAAUAAUUAUAGCACUCCUUUUACUGGUAUUUUGUUACGGGUUUGGUACAACUGCUCAUCGUAUAAAUGUGUUGCGGAGACAUCGUGACGAAGAAAGAGAAAGACUGCCCCCUCCAAAUCCACAAAGAGAAGGCUAUGAUCGGUUUAUUGAAGGUGGGGAUGAUCGCUUCUACAAUAAUCCACGGCCAAUCCAACCACGGAAUGUUGAGGGCUACAGAGAUGCUUUAAAUCGUAGACCAGAAGUUCUGCACCCAGUGGAUUAUAUUGAUAAUAGCCGGCAACAGUUUAUAGAGCCUGUCUCGGCUAGUCAGCAACCACAAAAAAAGCAAGUGGCUCCAGCAAAGAGAACCUAUGACCCACAUAUAAGGGAUGAGUCUUCUGGACAACAGCAGAAAAUAGAUGACCCUUUAGACCAGAGACACCUAACUCAACAGCCAAUGAAGAAACUUCCGGAAGACAGCCCUCUUGGAUCCCAGGAUCUGUGGGAAGAUCCUGUAAAAGACAGUGAAGAUCGUGAUAAAAUAUCGCCCAUUCACCGGGAUUUCUCUUCCAGUCAUACUGAAGUUAAAGAAAAUGUGUUACCGGAUGUGCAGACAUCUCAAGUCUCAGUGGCGACAUUGCCUGCCUCAGGUUUUUGCUGGCUUCUUUACGUGGUGGAUGUCUUCCAUCACUUAGAGUGCCUGGGCCUAGUCUUGGGCAAAGCCCUGUUGAAAGUGUUCCUAGAAAAAGAUCUUAGUACCACGGAUGCAUAUUGGUGGACUUCCUCAUUCGUCAACAUCUGGACCCCAGAGAAUACUCCUUUCACCAAGACCAAGUCUGGCUCCCUCUUUGUCAUUCCAGAGGUUUCCUGUAUUGGGCAACUGGCUUAUUGUUCCACUAUCACUACCACUAUCAAGUGGUUUUGGCAAACUAUCACUCAGGCCUAUGGGCUGAAGGGUAAAGUUUCCUCCUUUCUGUUUAUAGAGCCUGUCUCGGCUAGUCACCAACCACAAAAAAAUCAAGUGGCUCCAGCAAAGAGAACCUAUGACCCACAUAUAAGGGAUGAGUCUUCUGGACAACAGCAGAAAAUAGAUGACCCUUUAGACCAGAGACACCUAAGUCAACAGCCAAUGAAGAAACUUCCGGAAGACAGCCCUCUUGGAUCCCAGGAUUUGUGGGAAGAAUCUGUAAAAGACAGUGAACAUCGUGAUAAAAUAUCGCCCAUUCACCGGGAUUUCUCUUCCAGUCAUACUGAAGUUAAAGAAAAUGUGUUACCGGAUGUGCAGACAUCUCAAGUCUCAGUGGCGACAUUGAUCCUUACUCAUCCUCGUGGCCCCCAACAUGGGCAGAAGAGUGUGAUACGGGGGCAUCUUUCGGAUUCUUGUGGCCGCUUCCAGACCAUCCGGACAUUCUGUCUCAAGAGCCAGUUGACGGAAGAAGAAGUCAAAGUAAGAAACGAAUCUACAGAAGAAGAAGAAGAAGAAGAAGAAAAGGAUCAGCAGCUAAUAGAAGAUGGACCAAAAGACCAAUUGGGAAACAGUCCUAGAACUGUGAUCACAGGAUCAGAGGAUACCGCAUUGUACUUUCUUGACUUGAAUGUUGUAGAUUUAUAUACAGAUCCUGGAAAUGCAGAACAGUCUUGA